AUGCCUCUGAGCCCCGCCGGCAGCCAGCAUGAGAGCCCCGAGUCGCCGCCGCCGGAGCCGCCGCCGGAGCGCCAGCCCCGCGCCGCCGCCGGGGAGCCGAGCGCCGGCCUGCGGGAGGAGACGCGGCUCGACCCGGCCCGGGGCCCCGCAGGGCCCCGCUCCCCCAAGCUGGCGGCCCCGGCGCGCAUGGAGGAGCCCGCGCCCGGCGCCAUCGUCGUCCGCAUCGGCAUCCCCGACCUGCAGCAGACGAAGUGUCUCCGGCUGAACCCCGACGUUCCCGUGUGGGUGUCCAAGCAGCGCAUCCUGUGCACUCUGAACCACAGCCUGAAGGAUGUGCUCAACUACGGGCUCUUCCAGCCGGCCUUCAACGGCAGGGCCGGCAAGUUCCUGGACGAGGAGCGGCUGCUGCGGGAGUACCCCCUGAACCCCGACACGCCCGUGCCCUACCUGGAGUUCCGCUACAAGCGCCGCGUGUACACCCAGGCCCUGCUGGAUGACAAGCAGUUUGCCAAGCUCCACACCAAGGCGAACCUCAAGAAGUUCAUGGAGUACGUGCAGAUGCUGAACUCGGAGAAGGUCUGCAGGCUCCUGGAGAAGGGACUGGACCCCAACUUCCACGAUCCGGAUACUGGAGAGUGUCCCCUGACGGCGGCGGCGCAGCUGGAGCUCAGCACCGACAUGAUCAAGGCCCUGCGCAACGGGGGAGCCCACCUGGAUUUCCGGACGCGGGAGGGGAUGACGGCCCUGCACAAGGCCGUGCGCUGCCGCAACCACGCCGCGCUGCUGACGCUGCUGGACCUGGGAGCGUCCCCGGACUACAAGGACAGCCGGGGGCUGACGCCCCUGUACCACAGUGCCAUGGUGGGGGGGGACCCGUACUGCUGCGAGCUCCUCCUGCACGACUACGCCCGGCUCGGCUGCGUGGACGAGAACGGCUGGCAGGAGAUCCACCAGGCGUGUCGCUACGGCCACGUGCAGCACCUGGAGCACCUCCUGUUCUACGGGGCCGACAUGACCGCCCAGAACGCCUCAGGAAACACCGCCCUGCACAUCUGUGCCCUCUACAACCAGGAGAGCUGUGCCCGGGUUCUCCUCUUCCGUGGUGCCAGCAAGGAGAUCCGGAACUACAACAGCCAGACGGCGUUCCAGGUGGCCAUCAUUGCAGGGAAUUUCGAGCUGGCCGAGAUCAUCAAAACCCACAAAGAGUCCGAUGUUGUGCCUUUCCGAGAGACGCCGAGCUACACGAAGCGGCGGCGGAUCCUGGGCAGCGGUGGCGGCGGUGGUGGCGGCCUGGCGUCCCCGCGGCUGCUGCAGCGCUCGGCCAGCGACAACAACCUGAAGGCCGAGAGCCGGGCGUCCUACUCGCCGGUGCCGUCGCUGCGCAGCCUCCCGCCCCAGCUGCUGGUGCAGAUGCAGGAGGCGGCGGCCGGGCUGGUGGUGGCGGCGGGGGACGGCAGCCUGGCCAGCUCGGGCAGCGCCCGCAGCGCCCACAGCCGCUCCCCGUCCCUGCAGCGCGUGCAGGAGGAGAAGGAGGCCGACCUGCCCACGCUCCGGAGGAGCAGCCGCGGCAAGGCCAG